AUGGUGUUGCUGAUCCAGAUGCGCGUUGUCUUCCAGCUACCUGCAACGAUCCAGGGUGCCUUUUGCUGGACCAUGGUUGGAACACUUGCUUGGAUGACGAUGUCCUUGGUCGUGCCACAAACGACCAAACAUGAUCUUUGGUAUGUGAUAUACUCAUGCAUUCUGAUGCUGUAUCUCCUGCCAAUGAACUCCAGCACACGUAGUACCACCCGCGUAGCUCCGCUUCUCUUCACGCUCUUUCGUUUGCCUGCAAUCCUCAUUGUGGACCGCAUUUAUUUGGUGUUUUUCAGCAACCUGCCCUUCCUGGUCGUCAUAAGCUGGCGGGCGGCGGUAGAGGAUUUCGAUUUGAGUUACGGGGGCCGGACAGCUGCCGUAGGUAUGGAGUGCUUGCACAUAGCAGUGCUGGUUGCCCUGGCCGUGGCUCUGCAAGACUAUCUGGCAGGCCGGGUAGAGCUGGAGAUGGAGAGCUGCAACACUGCCACUCAGCUGACUGCGGCCUCCUCACUGCUCCAGUUGACUUGUGAUGCCGUGGUGGAGUUGGAUGGUGACCUCCGCUUAACGAAGCAUUCCAAGGAGCUGUCUGCGAUGCUCCUCCGAGACACCAGCUCUUUAAGCGCGUCGCUGAAAGGCGUGCGCUUCAUCGACUUAGUGGCGAGUUCGGACACUGCUGCUGCACUAUCGAAGCUGACCAACUUCCGCAGCAGAAGUUGCAGCAGUGUCAUAAGUGGCGCCUCAGAGGGAAUGGGCGCGCACGCUUUCCACACACGUUUGGUCGACAGCUGUGCCACGAAGCUGCAGACAGAAGUUCUUCAGGUGAUGUACACCAAGAGAGACGGCAGCACCUGUCACCUCGUGGGUCUGCGAGAUUUCACGGACACCAAGCCAUACACUGGAAUCACGAGCCAGACAACAGGCUUCGAAAGUGAGGCAGAUGCAUCCGCUGAUAGCCUCAGCGUCGGACAGCAACUGAGCGAGGCAUCUCAGGUGCCUGUGCAGCAUGGGCGUGGGACUCUCUUUCUUGAGAUCGAUGUGGAUGGGUUGCAGAUCACGGCCGCCUCGUCCAGCCUUGUAGAUUUGGUUGGGGCGCCGACAAGUGAGGUGUUCCCUGCUGCCCAGACUAUUCAACUUCUGGAGCGGAUUCACAGUGAUGGCAGAAUGCGCUUGGAGAGAGGGGAGCGGCCUCCAGCGAAAGUCUUCUCCUACGACGAAAUGCCUGCUCAGCUGCGUGCGACAUCGACGGAGUCGAUUUGGGGCACCAUGCAGGUUCUACAGGCCCAGAGCGGACUGAAUGUGCUCAUGGCCUUCCAGGCGGGAGCCUCCGGAGAAGGCAGGGAUGCAAUUGAAUGUCGUGUGAAGAAACGCGCCUUCUGA